UGCAAGCAGUGGCAGGGAGGAGAGCUCUUCUUCCCCGUGGGUUCCAACAGACUGCCGACUGGGGCUCAGAGGACCAGCCUUUCCUGCUGACUCCUGAGCCCAGUCCUUCCUGGCCAUCACUUUCCUCCUGCCCUAUGGCGGCUCUCACGGACCUCUCCUUUAUGUACCGCUGGUUCAAGAACUGCAAUCUGGUCCGCAACCUCUCAGAGAAAUAUGUCUUCAUCACGGGCUGUGACUCGGGCUUCGGGAACCUGCUGGCCAGACAGCUGGUUGAUCGGGGCAUGCGGGUGCUGGCUGCUUGCUUCACUGAGGAGGGGGCCCAGAAACUUCAGCAGGAUACCUCCUAUCGGCUGCAGACCACCCUACUGGAUGUCACCAAGACUGAGAGCAUCCAGGCGGCAGCCCAGUGGGUGAGGGACCAAGUGGGCGAGCAAGGCCUCUGGGCACUGGUGAACAAUGCUGGUGUGGGCCUGCCCGGUGGGCCCAGUGAAUGGAUGACCAAGGAGGACUUUGUGAAGGUGAUCAAUGUGAACCUGGUGGGACUGAUCGAAGUGACCCUUCACAUGCUGCCCAUGGUCAAGAGAGCCCGCGGCAGGGUCGUCAACAUGUCCAGCUCUGGUGGUCGUGUCGCUGUCAUUGGUGGUGGCUACUGCGUCUCCAAGUUUGGCGUUGAGGCCUUCUCUGACAGCAUCAGGCGUGAGCUCCACUACUUUGGAGUGAAGGUCAGCAUCAUUGAGCCCGGGAACUACCGGACAUCCAUUCUGGGCAAGGAGAGCCUGGAGCAGCGCUUUCGCAAGCUGUGGGAGCGGCUGCCUCAGGAGACCCGGGAGAGCUAUGGGGAGGAGUACUUCCGCAUCUAUACUGAGAAGUUAACAAACAUGAUGAGGCUGGCAGAGCCAAGAAUCAGUGAUGUCACUAACAGCAUGGAGCACGCUAUUGUUUCCCGGAGUCCCCGGAUCCGCUACAACCCUGGCCUGGACGCCAAACUCCUCUACAUCCCCUUGGCUAAGUUGCCCACCCGUGUAACAGAUUUCAUCCUGAGCCGGUACCUUCCAAGGCCAGCGGACAGCGUCUGAGCUGGGGAGGCUCAAGGGGCGGUCGGUGGAGUGUAGCGGAGGGAGUGGGAGAAAGGACUGUGGGGUCAUAAGAGGUGGAAUCAGACAUCCUGAGGGUACUGGCUGCAAAAGACAAUUUGCUCGGCUGCGACUCACGGCUGGUGAAGCUACUGGUAACUUCUAGCAGAAGGUGAGUGCCUCUCCCCACCCGCUGGGGCCCCUUAGAAAUCUGAGGUGGCCUUUGCGGGAUCAGAGACCUACAGCGUGGCCCCAAGGACAUCCAUCACCCAGUCAGGAUAUGGCUUUUUCUGGGCCUGGAAAGUUAAGGAGAAGGAAACCAUCUCCUGCUGAAUCAUGAGCCCCUCUCAGUUGUCACUGCCACUGGGAAGCACAGUGGGAUAAUCCAGCCCCCAGCGGAAUCUCCACCGCCUUCCUAUGGGUCUCUCAAUGUGCACUAACCCGUUAUGCAGUAGGCCAGACAAGGAGGGACAAGGUUGUAUCAGAACAAAAGUUUAAAAUAUUUUCUCUCUUUAGAUUUCUCUAUCCAUAGCUGAUUGGGAACCACAUGAAAUAACAUUCAUUUAUUUAAUCACCAUUGAUUAAGUCUUCAAAAAAUGAUUGAAUGCCUACUACCUACCAGGCACUGUGUAUAUGCUGGGGGGACAUAAAGAUGAUUAAACCAUG